UAUAACUGCUACUGCUCUCUGGUGUCUCAGUUGUGCCAGUACUGUUCUUUGUUAUAGCUUAAGCUUAGCACAACAUAUAGUGGCUAUGGCUUCCUUUUUCUUCUUUUCUUUUGCUCUGUUGGCUCUCUUUUCUAAUCUAGAUUUCUGUUCUUGCUUUAAUCGAAAGCUCCUUAAUGCCUCUAACACCGAUUCCGGUUGGUCACCAGCCGGAGCUACGUGGUAUGGAAGUGCUAAUGGAGCUGGAAGCGAUGGUGGAGCUUGUGGGUAUGGGAGUGCUGUGGAGCAAGCUCCAUUUUCUUCCUUGGUAUCAGCUGGAGGCCCUUCUCUAUUUAAGUCGGGCAAAGGCUGUGGGGCUUGUUAUCAGGUGAAGUGCACCGACAAUUCGGCGUGCUCAGGGAAUCCCGUGACCGUCGUAAUUACCGACGAGUGCGCCGGAGGUCCUUGUUUAGCCGAGUCGGUUCAUUUUGAUCUGAGUGGGACUGCAUUUGGAGCAAUGGCGAUCUCCGGCCAAAGUGACCAACUACGCAACGCUGGAAUUCUGCAGAUUCAGUACCGAAGAGUGGAGUGCAACUAUCCAGGGGUAAAGGUGGCUUUCCACGUGGACGCGGGAUCCAACCCUAACUACUUUGCUGCUUUAGUCGAAUUCGAAGAUGGAGAUGGUGAUCUGGCUGCUGUUGAUCUUCGGGAAGCACUAGACUCGGAUAUGUGGCUCCCCAUGCAGCAAUCCUGGGGUGCAGUUUGGAAGCUUGACGCUGGCUCUCAGUUGCGAGCUCCCUUCUCUCUCAGGCUCAAAGCACUCGAAUCUAGCAACACCAUUGUAGCCAGUAACGUAAUUCCGGCAGGGUGGCAGCCCGGCGCUACCUAUCGAUCCGUUGUCAAUUUUUGAAGGGCAAAGGUUUAUCGAUCUAUAUGUAGACUAAUUAAACUGGCUGGAAGUCAAAUGGAUAGACUUCGUUCUGUCUUUAUCCACUAGUU